CCAAGCUUUGCGCACCUUGGUCUUGGACUACUUCCACAGUGUGAGCCGAUGCGUGGCAGAAGAUCACAUGAUUUUCUCCUUUGACAAAACAAUGACUUGCAGCGCAGGCGAUACUGCUUUGGUCGAACAGAUCGGACUUUGUCUGGGUUUGGAUGCGGCCCGUCGUGAAGCGCCGCUGUUGCUGACCGGAGAACGCUCAGAGCUGUUCGAACUAUUUCCAGAGCUGGCGUGGUUUCGCGACACGGUGUUCCUUUGGAAGAUGCUGCUUCUUCCUGAAUGUCAAUGUCCAGUUGUACAGAAAUGGUCUGCCUCUGAUUCCCUGCUGAAGUGGCACUACAGGAAGGGCCGUUUCGAAGUGGUUGGCUUCGGGACCAACCUCACCCCAGAGGUCAAUGGCAAACCCACCGGCUUUCUUCGGGGCGUGCUGCGCUGGUUCGGUCAAUACGAGUCCGACAAGAAGAGCCUCAGCCGUGCCAGUCCAUCGGUACUGACCGGUGACCCCUCUCAGCAACUGGCUACAGAGGAUGAUGUGCUCUUCUUGAAGCAGCUUCCUACUUUUAAUGGGGAUUUUCCAGGAAGCUUUGCCAAGCACCAGCCCACUUUUAAACACAGCGUCAUGGACGACUGGGAUCCCUUUGCCGAUCCUGCCGAUGCGCCACCUGCGCCUGCGCGGCCUGCGCCUGUUGCGGUGCCCGUUGCGGUGGACGCCGUCCCAGUGGAGGAAGCCACCGGUGACAUCCCAGACCUUCCCAGCUUAGCCGAGCUGGAACAGCAGCUGCAAAAGGCGCAGUUAGAAAGCUGCCCAGAGCUGGUACAAGCUGCGUUUGCUGGGGAUGAGGCUAAGGUUCAGGAGCUGCUGAAGGGUGGUGCCGAUCCCAACACAAUCUGGCUCAGAGAGGAACGCCUCAAAGGGAGUGAUGGAUGUUGCCAAUGUGCCAUCAGCUGGGAGGAGUACACUGCCCCGAUUGCCGCGUGUAUGGAGUUGAAGACAGAAAUCUGCGAGUUGCUUCUCCUCCAUGAUCAGACUGACAUGAACGUGGUAUGCUGUGGCCUCCAUGAAUUUGGGCCUUACAAACACUUCACGGUGCUGGACAUGGCAAAGCAAGUCCAAAGCCCUUUGAUGGAGAAACUGCUGGCCAGGGGGGCCAAGCCUGCUGCCAAAUGCCCCACGCCACCCUGGCCACGAGAGCCUCGAGGUGCCGAUGACAGCGACGACGCGUUGUUGGCGGCGGCGGCGUUGCCGGCGCGGCCCAGCGCGAACGGGGCGGGGCCCUAUGCGGAGCUCCUGGAUGCCAUGCAGCAGAACAGGUGCAAAAGCCUGGAGCUCCGUCAGCGACUCUUUAAGCAGAUGAUGCUAGAGUGGCACCCUGACAAGCGCCCGGCCAGUGAGCGCUCGCUGGCCACUGCAGCGCUGGGAGCUGCCGAUGUCGAGUUGCUGCUGAGCUACCUCACAGCGCCUUAUUUGAGGAUCCCAUUGCUGCUGGGAUUCUUCACAGAUCGACACCGCGCCUCAGCAUUGCGAGAACCACAGCUACAGGUUGUCUUGGAUGCUGCGCUGUUUGAGUUGGCACCCAGUGUAGUUGGGGGCACCUCGAAGGCAACUCCACUAAGGCCGGGCCAAUGGCAGUCGCCCACGGACUUGCUGAAGUCGCCACCUGACACAGUGCCGGCAGCGGACCGCAGGCACCUGGCCACUGCUGCGGGGCUCUUAUUCAAUGAGCUGAUGAGGUCACCUCAAGCAGUUGUGCAUGCAGUGUUGUGCUUGCUCCAGGUGGCGAUCGAGAAGGAUGUGGGUCGCCCCGAGUCGGCCAACGAUGGCCUGAUCCUCUACGUCAUCCGCCUGGCGACGCGCAUCGAGUCUUACUUGGCUUUCCUGGUGUCUCAUGGCCGCCGGGGAGCGUAUUUGGAGCGUUCUGGGGCGAGCUACGAUGCCUUUGUGAGAAGCUUGGCAGGGCCGCAGGAUGACGCCUUGCUGAUGGAGUUGCAGGCAGCUCACCGAGAGAUACGGACACAGCUUCAGGGAGAUGUACUGAGGAUGCUCAAGGAUUGGUUGCGAUACACAUCAAAGAGGCCACCGGGGAAGUUCCUGGCCGCCGCGUGCCGCAUCCAUGCGCACGUGGCCCUGAUCUUUAAAAACGUGCCUGAGUUGGACACUGCUGCAGUGUCUGGCUUCCUUUCUGCUCAGGCGUUUUUGAACAUCAACCACCGGCUGGAGGACACAAGCGCAUCAUCAGGAGAGGCUGGGUGCUUGGGAGUUGGAGAGGUGGAACUCUUUGAUGCCUUUGAAUCGCGACGGAGCCGGAUCACAUUGUGGCUUCGUGAAGACGCUGCACGGGCAAGCUUGGUCCUGCGGAUGGUGGAACAGGCAGUGACAAAUCGCGGCAGGGCAAGUUCGGAGGCGUCUGCCGAAGAAUGGGCUGAAUUGAGACCUGGUGACUUUGUGCCCAAGAAGCAUUUGCCAUCAGAGAGCUGGUUCAGCUCGCAGUCGGGGGAGGCUUUCCACGAGUGGAUGCUGAGAACAACACAGGGGGGUGCAGCAGGGCGACAGGUCUCUAUCAAUUUGGGUCAGUAUGGAACGAAACGCGAUGGAUUGGAGCUCUUACCCAGCUGGGCAGUUUGCAGUCCCGACUACUUGGAGGCCUUUGGUCGUUCGGACGUCCAUUGCGUCGAACGAGAAGUGGCGGCCAAGCGAGAUUGGAAGGACCUGGUGGGCCAUGCAGGCUUCAGCAUUCAACGGUGGCAUCCUCAAGAGCAUGAGGAUCCACAUGCCCAGGUCUCUGGUAGCGUCGAAGCCUGGGCCCUGCAGCUGCUGCAGCCGGUUCUGUCGGCGCUGCCGGGAUUGAACGACUUCGAGCUACGGAUGCGGUGCCAGGUGCCGCCGGACGCCAACGAACUGUGGCUUACUGCCCUUCGAGCUGAUGGGACUAAGUCCCGGAAGGAGCUCCGAGUUCAGCGACAGCCAGCGGUGGUGGAGGUGUACAACAUCUUGGAGCACGGACGCCACUUCUAUCGAACAAUGGUUUUUACCUCGGACACCUCGUGGUCGUUCCACGUGCCUUCCGCAGGCCAACGGCUACUGCGCAAUGCAGGAUCAUUUGCUUGGAGCGUGGCGGCGGGUGAUGCAGACGCAGCAGUUGGCUCAAGCGCCUCCAACCACUUCAGUGUGCUCGUGUUGCGCAACUCGCAGAUUCACUUGCCUCGUCGCUUCUUGCGUGGACUAUUGCCAGAUGCCUUGUUGCAGCGCUACCGCUUCUGGCGCUGUCGUGGUUCAAACUCUGCUGGCAAGGGAGGCGUGGGCGAGAUUGAGGGGGAGGAAGUCAUACCCAGCAAAGACGAAGCCACCAGUCUCCGAAUUCAGCUGAUGCGUGCGGCUGAGGGUACCACUGCACGAGUCGAGCGGCGCCCUGUGGAGGAGCCGAACGCUGCGCCAGAAGUCUUGGUGAAUCUCCGACAGGGAAACGGACUGACCAAGAUUUUGGCCAGGCUGGAGAAUCUGUCGCAUAUUUUGGUGUGGGCCGGUCUCAGCUUGCGGGUCGAACUGCCUCGCCUCCGAUUGUCUUUCACAGCCCAGAAACAGAGGAUGGCGCAUUGGAGACUCAAGCAGAGACCUGUGAAGGGAGCAUGGUUGGGAGCCCCGCAAAUCCCGUCACCGUUUCCUGACUUCUCGCUGUCGAGUGGAGCUGCUGGAAGAGCCUUGGCGGAUGCGGUGGGAUGCGGCAAACCAACCGCACCAGGCGUGUGCAUGGGACGAGACAAGUGGUUAGGCGGCGAGCUGGGCGAGGAUGGCAAUGUCUAUGGCAUUCCAGGAAGUGCCUCGCGGGUGUUGAAGAUUGUGCCCAGCACGGAUGAGGUGGAACUGACUGGACCUGAGAUGCUUGGGAAGUUCAAGUGGUUGCGCGGCAUCGUGGUGGAUGAUUACAUCUAUGGAGUGCCUACCAACUGCCCACAGGUCUUGCAGAUCAGUUGCUGCACAGGGCAAGUGGACUUGGUGGGUCCAGUCUUUAAAGGAGAUUGGAAAUGGCAUGGUGGGGUGUUCUGCCCUGAAGAUCGCUGCAUCUAUGCCAUUCCCUGCAAUGCAGAGUCGGUGCUGAAAAUCUCCUGCUGCCAGAGCGGGGCCGAAGUCAGCACCAUCGCAGCAGGAUCUCCAGCCCUCAAAGGACGAUGCAAGUGGUACGGUGGUCUGCUGGGCGAUGAUGGCUGCAUCUAUGGUAUUCCAAACUGCGCUGAAUCGGUGUUGAAGAUCGACCCGCGAUUGCAGGACGUUCAAACCAUCGGGCCCAAGUUUGGUGAUGGUGGACAGAAAUGGCACGGAGGCGUGGUCGGAAAGGACGGCUGUAUCUAUGGCAUCCCUUCUCAUGCUGACGUGGUCUUGAAGAUUGAACCGCACAGUGGUGCAGUGCGCACCAUUGGAAAAAGCAUCGAAAGUGGCAAGUGGCGUCCAAAUGGGAAGUACAAAUAUGGUGGCGGCGUUGUGGCGGAUGAUGGCACCAUCUAUUGCUUUCCAAGUGAUGCUGACUAUGUUUUGAAGAUUCAGCCAGAGACCGAAGAGGUGGUCACCAUUGGUCCAGCCUUUGAGGGUCACAACAAGUGGCAGAAUGGCUUCGUUGGUCGUGAUGGCAACGUGUAUGCAAUUCCUUGCAAUGCCCCUGGUGUGUUGCAGAUCAUGUGCCAUUCAGACGAGGUGAAGAUGAUACCCAUUGAUAUGGAGAAUCCUAUGCUGCAGGACAAAUGGGAAGGCGGUGUGGUGGCCAAUGGUGUGAUGUACUGCAUGCCGCAGAAUGCGAAGAGGGUCCUGAAGAUCGCCCCGCAGUAGCCGCCAAUUUCCAGCACAACCUCAAGGCCAAGCUCCAGCACCAGCAUCGAACCCUGCAGGUCAAUUGAGCGCCUCCCCGCCGCAGAAAAGAGCUGGAAAA